GCGAGGAAAAUUCCCAUAAUGUUCAGUCAUUGAGUAAGAAGAGCAGAAGAGGAACACAAAGGAGUGUGUGAUGUUUAGUUCGCUGGAGUGUGUGUGUGUGUGAGAGAGAGAAUGUGUGUGUGUGUGAGUGUAUCGCAGUGGAGUGUUAGAGUGUGUGUUGCAUUGUAGCCUGAUUACAGCAGGGACAGUGCUGUGUGUGUGUGUGUGUGUGUGUGUGUGUGUGUAAAAGAGAGAGAGAGAGAGAGUGUGUGUGUGUGUGUGUGUGUGUGUGUGUGUGUGUGUGACUGAGAGACACACACAGGACUGAUGUGAAACUCCUCUCCGUGUAAAGGUUAACGGAUGCUGACUUCCGGGCGAUGGACCUCUCUCAGAUGACACCACUGUCCUCAGCUCCGACACUCGGGGCAUGGUGACCGCUGUCAGGUGGCGUUCAGCCGGAGCCGAGCGGGCCUGAGGAGGAGAGUCAGGAAGGAGAAGGCGUGAUAAAGAGGAAGAGAGAGACAGGAGGAGAAGGGAGAGCGAGGACGCCAUGGGCCAGUGUGUGAAUAAAUGUAAAAACCCAACAUCCUCUCUGGGCAGCAAAAGUGGUGAAAAGGAUGCUGGGAAGUCCCAUGGCAAAAAAGGAAGUGGAGGAGGAGGUGGGCCCAAAGAGGAGGCCAAGUUUCCUGCCGAUGUCAACGGCACCAAGUCACCAGAAGUAACCACGGACACCUCUGUGACCACACCCCUUUCUGAUGUGAGGAGGGAGGAGCCUGUGCAGGACGGGGAGGGGCUUUCUUUGGCUCGGAUAGAGGAGAUGUUUAUGUGUUAUAAGGAUGAGUAUGAGGACGCCAUCUUGGAAGAAGGAAUGGAGCGUUUUUGUAACGAUCUGCACGUGGAUCCGGCCGAGUUCAGGGUGCUGGUGCUCGCCUGGAAGUUUCAGGCUGCAACCAUGUGCAAGUUCACGAGGCAUGAGUUUGUGGAGGGCUGUAAGGCGAUCCAUGCCGACUCGGUGCAGGGGAUCUCUCAGCGUUUCUCAGCCAUGUUAGACGAGUGUCGCUCUGAGGAGAACUUUAAGGACCUGUAUCGCUUCACGUUCCAGUUCGGGCUGGACUGCGGCGAGGGCCAGCGCUCACUACAGCGCUGCAUUGCCAUCGCCCUCUGGAGGCUGGUGUUCACGUUAGACAUGCCACCUGUGCUCGAGCGCUGGCUCCACUUCCUGUCAGACAACCCAUGCGGCGUGCGCGGCAUCUCGCGUGACACCUGGAACAUGUUCCUCAACUUCACACAGAGUGUUGGGCCUGAUCUGAGCAACUACAGCGAGGAUGAGGCCUGGCCCAGCCUGUUCGACUCCUUUGUAGAGUGGGAGAACGACCGGCGCAGGAGGGAACAGGAGCAGCGAGAGACAGAGGGAGUGGGCGGGAACAUGGAAUUCACUGCUGAGCCCGAGCCCACGGCAUGAUGGGAAAGAAUCCCCGAGCUGGGAGCAUACAGGAGGACACAGAGUCCCUGAGAGUGCAGCAUGAUGGGAAAACGCAGGGUCAGAACUGAUAACCACCCAGCAUGGGCCCUAAGCACAAACGGCACAGCAUGAUGGGAAACUGUGAAGCACUGGGAUGGAUCUGAAGAGUAUUAUACCCAGAACCCUUACUUUAGCCGUGAUGAUCUGAUGACACUGAUGGUCAUUUUAUAUUUUUAGGCUUCAUUGUAACAUAACGGACGUCCUUAUACUCCCCUGAGUUAUUUUAUUGAAAGGGCUCCAAAAACCUAAAUUGUGUUUUUUAGCACUUCUAUUUAAGUUAUUGUUUUUAUUUGUUAAAAUUUUUUUGCGGUAUUUAAAAUUUAAAUAUUCUUAAGCCACACCAAAACACCAGAUGUGUCAGAUGUCUGUCACCAUGGCAGCAGUGCGACCUUUGACCUUUUAUUGCUUAUAGAAGAAGGGAAAUCUGUUCAAUACUCACUAAAUGAUGUCAGGAUGAGGGAGAGAGAUCAGGGCAGGGCUUUAACGGUUAACUCCAGCACACAGAGUCUACUCUUUUACUCAUUAUUAUCAGAAAUUCUCUCUCUCUCUCCAUUUCCCUCUCUCUCUCUUUCUCUCUCUGUCUCUCUUUUUUCAUUUUUCCCUCUCUCUCUGUCUCUUUCUUUUUAUUUUUCCCUCUCUCGCUGUCUUUCUUUUUAUUUUGCCUCUCCCUCUCUCUCUCUCUUUCUCUCUCUCUCUGUCUCUUUUAUUUUUCUUACUCUCUUUUCACCUCUCUGUAUUUUAAUGCAAGUUCAUUUGCAGUCAAAGGUUAUUUUAUCUGCUGUGACUUUUUUUUUUGCGGUUUACAGUUUGUUUUUUUUCCUUGCAGUGAUUUCAUUUCUGAUUCAUUUUGUCUGGUUUUAUAUAAAGAUGCUACAAUUUAUAACUAAUAAAAACGUGUGAAAUUGG